ACGAAGACUCCGCCUACUCGAUUCUUAUAUCUCAGACCUACACCAAACUACAGGUGGAUUUAGUGACGAGCAUAGUGCGCUUAGUUUGCUAUAUCUUUUAUUUACAUUUGACGAGAAAACCGGACGAUCUGAGCAAAAAUGUCUCUGGCUAAGGAUCUGAUGCACCCAAGUUUUGCAGAGGAGAGGAGGCGGCAUAAGAAGAAGAGGCUGGUGCAGAAUCCAAACUCUUACUUCAUGGAUGUUAAAUGCAUGGGGUGUUACAGGAUCACCACCAUCUUCAGCCAUGCCCAGACAGUGGUGCCCUGCGCAGGCUGCUCUAUAAUCCUCUGUAGGCCACGAGGGGGGAAAUGCAGACUGACAGCAGGCUGCGCCUUCAGAAAGAAACAGACAUGAACAGUAAUGAACCUGGAACCAUGCAGCAGAAACGCCCAAGGAUAAUCGAGGCUGAACGAUGCCAUGUUGCAAAUCCUCAGCAAAUAGAGAAACUGCCUCUAUUUAUCUAAAUGAGUACGAUUUUACCCCCGAGUGGGGCUGAAUGAGAGAAUCAUACGGAUGCAUGUACACUCCCAAACAGAUUGACAUAAUGAAGCACUUUGCUGUAAAGACAUUGUGCAUGAGUAAAAUGCAACAAUCAAAUUUGCAAAAAAAUUCAGACAAGUCAUGAUUUCUGUAAAACAUUUUAAUAGGUUGACAUGGAUGGGGUGGGGGUGGGUGAAUGAAGUAUUUCAUUACCAGUCUCAAUCAAAUGUGAGGCACUCUCAGUGGCUCUGACAUGAGAUGAAACCACAAUGACCAUCACAAAAAAAAAUAAAAAAACAUUUCAUGAA